UCGCUGGCGGGGACUUCGCCCAGAAAAAACGCACUACUUCACCCGGAAGAGGAGGGCCGAGGGAAACGACGGUGGAGAAAUUGUUGUGGACUAUCCACACACAAUUGUUAAGCGUUUCUUUUGCUAUUUAGAUAAUCUAGCGAGUUACGAAUCAGCUAUCACUUGAGGUACACUUGCAGGAGGAUUUGGCCUCGUCGUGCUCACGCUAGAGAUGUCGGUCGUGCCUCCCAGUCGCUCGAACGCCGGCUGGCCGCGCGGUGGUGCCGUUCAGUUUGGGAACAAAUACAUCAGCGGGCCCGCUAAAACGCUCUCACUGGAGAGGACCAUCAACCUAUACCCUCUAACCAACUACACAUUUGGCACCAAGGAGCCUCUGUAUGAGAAGGACAGCUCAGUGGCCGCCCGGUUCCUGCGGAUGCGGGAAGAGUUUGAGAAAAUGGGAAUGCGGAGGACAGUGGAAGGUGUUCUCAUCGUCCAUGAACACAGGCUGCCUCACGUGUUACUGCUGCAGCUGGGCACCACUUUCUUCAAACUGCCAGGGGGAGAGCUGAGUCCUGGAGAAGAUGAGGUGGAGGGUCUGAAGCGCCUGAUGACGGAGAUCCUCGGACGGCAAGACGGCGUGAAGCAGGAGUGGGUGAUCGACGACUGCAUUGGCAACUGGUAUCGCCCCAACUUUGAGCCUCCGCAGUAUCCGUAUAUUCCAGCUCACAUCACCAAACCUAAGGAGCAUAAGAAGCUAUUCCUGGUUCAGUUACAGGAAAAAGCACUGUUUGCUGUCCCCAAGAACUAUAAACUGGUGGCAGCACCGUUGUUUGAAUUGUAUGACAACGCUCCUGGAUAUGGACCAAUCAUUUCCAGUCUACCACAGCUUUUGAGCAGGUAUAGUUUGUGUCAUUGUGUAAGUAGCAUAAAUUAAAGUGAGACACUGGUUUUUUUCUUUCUUUUGUUUCUUUGUGUUGAUGGUCCUUGUGGCUCAAUUUAAAAACUAAAGGGCUGGAAUCAAAUAUCGUUACGUGAACUGUCUGUAUCAAGGAUGUAGAAUUGCUGACAACCUGUAACUUUUCUAACAAAUCAAUUGGUAUGUUUUAUUUCAUGUUUGGAAUGUAACAUAAUAAAAAUUUUAUCAACACCAGUUGACACAGUGAAAGCACAAUGAAUAUUAAAAACUACGAGCUUUCUCAGAUAGUUCCAUCCUUCUGAAGUGUUUGAGGACAACACUGAGGAUUGUACCACAGCUCAUUUCUAAAAGACAUGUAUACUUGUACACACAGUAUUUCAGAUAAAGAUUGAAGGAAGCAGAUUGUACUUAAAAAUAACAAAUAUGCAGGGCAGUGUGCAGGCGAUUGUAGGGCUUCAAUGUUCAUAAUGUUGACAUUCAAAUUUUAAAUCAACAUUCAAAUGCUGCGCAGCAAUAAACAGGCUACACUUAUGUUAUAGUAUUUGCAGAAUUAGAUUCCAGUGGUCGCUGCAUAGUAUUGUUUCCAACUCUAACUCAUGUAAUCAAAACCUUUCCAAUAACUCCAGUCCAAAAGUCAACAUUUAUUGAAAAAAAGUUUUCACAGCUUAUUUUUAUUUAACAAAAUGUUCUGCUUCAAUCUUUGUUUGUUGCUAUUAAGCUUUUCAAAAACAUUUUCACUGCGAAAGGGAGGCGCGCACCUGUAUUAACAGGACUGUGUAGCAGAACUCUAACAGCACCAUAAAUGUGAUUUUAUAUAAAACAAUAUAAAAGUCUAUUUAGGCUCCAACACUCGUGUAACCAGAAAAGUCACUUUAUUCAAAUUGAGGUUUAUGUUUGAGGAUUUAAAACAUUAUUUUAGAGUAAUGACGUCGAUGGAAGCUUUGAGUGUAAAACAAUACGAAAUUUUGGUACAGCCCUAGCAGUUUGUCACUUGAAGUUGCGCAGCCCUCCGAUGCACCAGUCACACAUUCAGGCAUGCAGAGAAUUUUAAUCUUUUUGUAUUUUGACUUGCUGAAAAGGUUAAUAGUGAAGAGAUAAUUUAAUAUCACACGAGAAUGAUCUGAUGGUGCUGGAGUAGGAAAUGACACCAGCAAGACUCCUGCAUGAACUCUGAAACUUAAAGCAAUACAUCACCCUUAAAAUGAACAUCUGUAUGUCAAUUACUAAUUGUGUGUUGCCUUUAUCGCCACCACUGUCUCAUGCUUGUGCAGGCAUGAGACAGUGGUGCUGUAUGCUUUAAAUGGUAAGAUUUUGGUGUGAAUUCAUGUUUGGGAAGUCGUGAGCAUACGACUGGAUAAAUGGAAAACCUGGAUUAUACUGCACGAGUUGUACGAGUUUCUAAACCGAUGUUUUGCUUUUAAACGCGGCCCCCAGUUACUUAAAUUCAUCAUGGAUUUAAUAUGUUUUUUUGAUUCUUCGUUCUCUGCGGAUGCAUGUGAGAAAAAACAGUUUUCUUCAAGAAUUCAAGGUAACACCCGGUGAGUAAUUGAUAAACAAAUGAUAGUUUUAAGGGUGAAGUAUUCCUUUAAAGGUGCCCUGUGGAGUUUUCCUGUUUACAUCUGCUGUUACUCACAAACUCAUUGUGUAUCCUUGAGCUCAAAAAAAUGUGUUGAAUGCUUAUUGUAUUUUAAAUCUGGAAUUGGUUAAAUCCAUGUUUACUUGUUAGCAGUCUUCGUCAUGUCUGGCUUCAUUGGCACAUUGUAAUGGCCCACUCAUCGAAACAAGCUCAAACUCCACAGGGUUAUCUUUUUAACAGAGAAGAACAUUUAUACAAAAUGAAUUGGAAAAAACAAAAAAUUGCAACGCUAUUGCUGAAAACUGAAUUUUAAAUAAUUAUCUUUUUAUAGGUUUAACUUCAUUUACAACUAACUUGAGUGAACAGAAGGACGUCUGGCUGUCUCUAUGAGUGCAGUCCCGGAGACAAAAAAAUGUUUCAUCUUUAGCUCAACUUUCAUAAAAAAGAAAAGAAAAAAAAAA